GCGGGAGGUCAAAGCUGCCGGCUUUAAAUCUCUUCUGGGAGUUCUACUUUCCCCAGAAGGAACAGGAGAAAAUGACCAAGUUUCAGGAGGCAGUGACUUUCAAGGAUGUAGCUGUGGUCUUUACCAAAGAGGAGCUAGGGCUGCUGGACCCUGCCCAGAGGAAGCUGUACCAAGAUGUGAUGCUGGAGAACUUUAGGAACCUGCUGUCAGUGGGUUAUCAGCCCUUCAAGUUAGAUACGUUGUUACAGUUAGAAAGAGAAGAGAAGCUUUGGAUGAUGGAGACAGAGACCCAAGGAGAUGGGUGUUCAGGACACCAGAAUCAAAAUGAAAUAGAUUCUCUUCAAGAAGUAGGGUUAAGAUACCUUUUACAUGAAGACCUUAUGUGCUGGCAAAUAUUGGAACAAUUUAAAAGUAAAUUAACCAGAAAUGAAGACUCCAUAAUAAAUCUUCAAGGCAAGAGGUCCAAGUUGCUGAAACAAAGUGAUCCAUCCUGUAGGGAGUCAGCAGGAGAAAAUACUCAGUUCUUUGAAGAUGAGAACCGUAUAAUAAAACUUAGAGGGAAGCGUUCCAGUAGUAUCAAAAGUCAAGAGAUUCCAAUUAGGACUACCUGGGAUUUCUGGAGGAAAAUGUACUUGAGAGAGUCCCAGAAUUAUCAGAAUAGGUGUCAGCAAAUUGAUGUGAAAAAUAAACUCUAUAAAUGUGAUCCCUGUGUUAUUAGUAGAAGGAUUGCUCACCACUGUGAUGAUAAGGGACUAUGCAAAAGAGAGAAAGCUGUUAGUCCCAAUAAUUGUGGAAAAGAGUUCAUGAAGAAAUCAUCCCAGUGUAGUAUAAUCCAGUCAGGAAAGCAAACCUCUGAUAAGAAUGGAAAAGGCUUCAGUGUCGGGUGUCAUCUUGAACUUCACCAACAAUUGCUCUUAGGCAAGGAGCCACUUCUAUGUAUUGAGUAUGGGAAGGGCAUAGGUUCAGUGCUUCCUGUGCAUCAGAGCAUUUACACAGGAGAAAAGUGCUAUAGGAAUGAUGAGUUUGUUGAGGGCUUCAGUCAGAGCUUGAAUCUGCAACCUCCUCAGAGAUUCAGCACAGGAGAGAAACCCUGCAGAUGUCAGGUAUGUGAUCAGAACUUUUCCUCUCUUCCCACUCAUGAGCUUAUUCACCCAGGAGAGAAGCUAUAUACAUCUGGCAGGUGUGGGAAGGGUUUCCAUCAUAACUUAGAUCUUAACAUUCACUGUGUAGACAACACUGCACAGAGAACCUGUAAAAAUGAUGUGUAUGAUAAAGUCUGCUUCAGUCAGACAUCACAACUUCAGGCCCCUCAGAGAGCCCACCCUAGAGACAAAACAUACAAAUGGGAGGCACAUGACAGGAUAGUUAAUCAGAAUUCUGCUCUGCAUCAGACAGUUCACACUGGAGGGAAACCAUAUAAAUGCACAGUAUGUGAUAAGCGCUUCAGUAAGGCCUCAAAUCUUCAAACCCAUCAGAGAAUUCACACUGGAGAGAAACCCUACAAAUGUGAUGUGUGUGAUAAGAACUUCAGCCGUAAUUCCCAUCUUCAAGCCCAUCAGAGAGUCCAUACCGGAGAAAAACCCUACAAAUGUGACACAUGUGGUAAGGACUUCAGUCAGAUCUCUCAUCUUCAGGCCCAUCAGAGAGUUCACACAGGAGAGAAGCCAUACAAAUGUGAGACAUGUGGGAAGAGCUUUAGUCAGAGUUCACAUCUUCAAGACCAUCAGCGAGUCCACACUGGAGAGAAACCCUACAAAUGCGAUAUAUGUGGGAGGGGCUUCAGUUGGAGUUCACAUCUUCAGGCUCACCAGAGAGUCCACACAGGAGAGAAACCAUACAAGUGUGAAGAAUGUGGGAAAGGCUUCAUCUGGAACUCAUAUCUUCAUGUUCAUCAAAGGAUCCACACAGGAGAGAAGCCCUAUAAAUGUGACAUGUGUGGUAAGAGCUUCAGCCAGACGUCCCAUCUUCAGGCCCAUCGGAGAGUCCAUACCGGAGAGAAACCUUACAAAUGUACGUGUGGUAAGGGUUUUAGUAAGAGUUUGUCUUCAGGUUCAUCAGAGAGUCCAUAGUUGUCAUAAAUCUAGUAUACAUAAUGAAUGUGGUAAAGAUGUUCUUCAAGACUUGGAUUUCUCAUUUCCCUCAGAAA